AUGAAUAUGAACCCUCAGACAGACGUUAACGUUAAUGGCACCGGCCAGUCAAAUGCACCGCCUUCGAACAUGCUAGGAGACACCAACCCCGUGAAGGCUGAGCCAACCGACGACUCACAUAUUAAUGGAACUAGAAACUCAGCAGAGAACUGGAACGAGGAGCGGCAGCUGGUAUCUGCAUUAUACACUCUGCAACAGAUGCACGGUAAAAUCAACCAACUUCGUGGCCUUGUCCCAGCACGUCUACUAGGCCCUCUAAAACCCGUGAUAACCCAGCCUCCCGGGUGCGAUAAGUAUCAGAAAUCACCCCAAGAGCUAUGCCAGGAACUAUCACAGGCAGCUCGUGACGGGAUGGCGGAGAUAGACAGCUUCAGAACCUCGUGGAACUCACCCGAGAUGAUUGAUAUCCUCGAUCAUGUGGAUGCAAGACUCAAAGAGCGAAACGGCGAAUAUCCACAUAUGAGCAACGUAUGGGAGAAUGAUUACGAGGAAGUUCUUGCAUCUCUUGACCGGGAAGAAAAGCAGAUGGAAGAAAUGAAGUUGACGCAACAAGACAAGCUCGAGAAGGAUAAACUAGAAUCGACACCUGGAGGUUGGAGAGGCAUAGUCGAAGCUUUCAAGGCGCGAAACAUACCAGGCAUCAAUCUACAAAUUUUGUCUUUCGAUGACACGGAGCGGUUUUCCGCAGAGCUACAGAGCAUAUCGAUAACUUUUUAUGUGCAGCGGACACGUGGCGCCGUAGGACACGAUUCGGAAAUGUGGCAUGUGAGCAUGGGGUUCCAGCACAGUCAACCGAAGUUAGCAUCAGAAGUUAUGGAUUGUAUCCAGUCCCGGCAGCGGAAAUGGGAUCUUCAGUAUCUACUGGAAAUGAUCGCUUCUUACACCAACAUAAAGAGAUCGCCUUGUGUUGCGUGUAGGAAAAUGAUCAACGCCAAAGCCCAACUUCCUACUGUUAGAAAACCAAAGACGGUAGCUGCACCUAAUGACAGCGCCAAAACAAUCUGGGAGGCAUUCCAUCCACUGUGUGUUUGA